GGACAGGUGCCCGCUAGGUGGCAGAAGUGUCAGCAGGAAAGCGCAGAGCUUGGGCGCUGUGGAGCUGCAAACCGCCGAGGUGCAGGACACGGUGCUGACCUCAGUCCGGUGGUCUCCAGCCACCGUGGGACCUGUGGUGCUGUCACCAGAUGGAAGUGCCCAGCCGCUGCCCGCUCACCCCUCCUGCCAGCGCCCCGAGACCUCGUGUGGCCGCCAGCCCCGAACCCAGCCUCCAGGAGAGCCAAAACAAUCCUGUGAUUCUGUGCCCUUCUGGUGCUCUCCCACAGGACAGCCAGGUGACCACCACGUGCUGCCUGCUGCUGCUGCCUCACACUGAGAUACUCGCCAACACCCCCGACAGAGCUGUGGCUGGUGGUGCUGCUGCAGGGCUUCUCCCCCCGGGAAGGUCUCUGGUUAUGCGGUGAGGACCUGCGGCUCGGACGCACCUUUUUUUCCUGGCUGUGAAAGGUUAUAACUGAGUAGCCCUUAUGACCAACAUGAGCUGGAGCUUUCUAACCCGCCUGCUAGAAGAGAUUCACAAUCACUCCACCUUCGUGGGGAAGGUCUGGCUCACCGUGCUCAUCGUCUUCCGCAUUGUCUUGACGGCGGUGGGGGGAGAGUCCAUCUACUCGGAUGAGCAGAGCAAGUUCACCUGCAACACCAAGCAGCCCGGCUGCGACAACGUCUGCUACGAUGCCUUCGCGCCGCUCUCGCACGUCAGGUUCUGGGUCUUCCAAAUCAUCAUGAUCUCCACCCCGUCCGUCAUGUACCUGGGCUACGCCAUCCACAGGAUCGCCCGCUCGGCCGAGGAGGAGAAGAAGUUCAAGGGCUUCAAGAAGAAGAAGCAGUUUGCGCUGAACUGGCAGGCGGUGCGCAACGUGGAGGACGCGAUGGAGGCCGACGAGGAGGACCCCAUGAUCUCCGACGACACGGCGGAACACGAGAAAGCCAAGGCCAAGCCCAAGAGCAAGGAGCCGCAGAAGCACGACGGGAGGAGGCGCAUCCAGCAAGAAGGGCUGAUGAAGAUCUACGUCUUCCAGCUUCUCACCAGAGCCUCCUUUGAAGUCUGCUUUUUGAUAGGGCAGUAUUUGCUCUACGGGUUUGAGGUAGAAGCUUAUUACGUCUGCAACAGAGUCCCUUGCCCUCACACUGUGGACUGCUUCGUGUCCCGGCCGACAGAGAAGACCAUCUUCCUCCUGGUGAUGUACGUGGUGAGCUGCCUCUGCCUACUGCUGAACAUGUGUGAGAUGUUUCACCUGGGCUUUGGCACCAUCCGAGAUGCCAUUCGCAACCGGAAAAUCAACAGCUUUAGGCAGCCUCCUUACAACUAUGCCUACCCAAAGAACAUCUCCUGCCCUCCUGAGUACAACCUGGUAGUGAAAUCAGAGAAGUCCACCAAGAUCCCCAACAGCCUGAUGGCUCACGAGCAGAACCUGGCUAAUGUGGCUCAGGAGCAGCAGUGCACCAGCCCAGAUGAGAACCUGCCAGCAGACUUGUCCACCCUUCACAAACACUUGCGAGUGGCCCAGGAGCAGUUAGACAUAGCAUUCCAGAGCUACAGCAGCACCCAGGGCAACACCCAACCUUCUCGAACCAGCAGUCCUGCCUCGGGUGGCACGGUGGUAGAGCAGAACAGGGCCAACACUGCCCAGGAGAAACAAGGUGCUAAACCCAAGGCCUGCCUGGAGAAAGGGAGCUCAAGCAGUAAAGAUGGAAAGACAUCUGUAUGGAUAUAGCUUCAUCUAAGAGGAGACAGGGCAGCCUGAGGGGGGCGGGGGUGGGUAUUUUGGUUUGGUUUGGUUUUGAGCUCGUUUCACAGGCACAAGUUUUUAUUUGGAAGUCAGGAGAGAAAAGCAAUUCCUGACCAAUUUAAUGCUGUCUUCCAGUGCGUUGCUUAAGACACAUUUCUUCCAUGUCUCCAACGCCUUCUCCAGUUGGGAACCUCCAGUGUGCAACAGCAAACCCCUGGCAUUUCCCACCCCCUUCAAUCAUCACUGGAGCUCCGAGCACAGACUGGACAACAUGUUGUGAAGGGCGGUGGAGCUGCUGGUGGUUCAGGAGAGAAGUCAGACUGAGAGUGAGCAGCUUCCCCCCUGCAUGGCAAGACCAGAGGUCAGGCAGUGUUCAAUUACUAAAUAUCCUUAAUCCAGAUUAAUUUGUGAUCCCUCGAGAAGGAAACAACUGACACAUUGCAGGAACCUUGAUGACACGCUUCCAGCUGAUGUCCUCCUGAAGAGGAUGCUCCAGCAGGCAUCAUCUGACGCUGUGAGCCCCAAGCUGGCACCCACAUCAGGUCAUGGGACAGAAACACAGCGAGCAUCUUACCCAGGGAGACCUAAAAACUCAGCACAGGGCUGAAGGUUUCUUGUCUUUGAUUCCUCUGCGUUGCAGCAAGAAGCAAAGGUGAUCAAAUACUUGGCAGUGCCACUGCCUUGUACCGGUGCCUGCGUAGCGCUCGCUGCAGACGUGGUGGGAACUGCUCCAGCUACCAGAGUUAUUAACAAACUGCUGCUUCACAUCAUCAGAGAAGUGCCUUUAUGCAACCAGGAAAACAAACCCACCAAGCAUUUGGACUUGGUACUUUGGUGGAUGUCAGUAGAGGUUGAAAGAUGAGCAUUGGGAA